UUCUUGCUUGUAGUUGUUAAAUUAUUUUUGUUUGUAAAGUAAUCCAGAGAUCUCAAACUCAGAGCAAUGAAUGAAUAUCAUUUGAUCUGACUUGUAGGUAAACUACCUCUAUGCUUAUAUACGUAUUUUACACGUGUGACGUGCCUAAUAAAACAAACAAUAUAAUUUGUGGUAUUAGAUCUUAGAAUAUUUAUAUUAUAAAUUAUGGCUGAAAAAAAGCAAAGUGGUAAAAAAUCAGAACCUUCGGCUAUAGCUAAAUUUUACCUUCUGGCAUAUAAUGGAGUACAAACAUUGGGAUGGACAUAUUUACUGUUGAAUACAGCGAUUCACUUCUUGGAUAGGGGGACACUUGAUACACUUUGGCCUCAAAUCAAAUGGACAGUCAUCAUCUUUCAGAAUGCUGCUGUGCUUGAGGUGUUACAUGCGGCGGUAGGGCUAGUGCCGUCUAGUGUUUUUGUGGUUCUCAUGCAAGUUUACUCUCGAGUUUUUCUCGUUUGUGGAAUUCUGCUGGUCACUUACGGUGCUACCAUCAGCCCUGGCAUUGCACUAUGUGUGUUUGCUUGGUCCAUCACUGAAAUAAUUCGAUAUGGAUAUUAUACCUUGAAUCUAGUCAAUGGUGUGCCACGGUUAUUGUUAUUUUUAAGAUACAGCACAUUUCUAAUACUCUACCCCUUGGGAAUAACCGGGGAACUUUUAUGUAUGUAUCAUGCACUGGACGAGAUUGCCGAAAAGAAUAUAUUUACUAUGACCAUGCCCAAUGAUUGGAACAUACUUUUUAAUUAUUACUACUUUGUAAUAUUCUAUAUGAUUUUAUAUAUUCCACUAUUCCCUGUACUUUUUGGCCAUAUGCUGUCUCAGAGGAGAAAAAUGCUAAAUAAAUGCAAAACUGAGUAAACAUAGCUAAUAAAUUGAAUGUUUUCAGUAUUGAAAUUCGAAUAUACUAUAUUGUAU